AUGGAGCACCUUUACAGUGGAUCGCAAACCCUUCCACGACAAUAUCGCAGCAGUAAAAUCUAUUCUUCACCCAUAAAUGUCCCGCUUCUGGAACAUGUGGUCUCGACGGAGAAGUGCAGGUCAACCACCAUGGAUCCACCGCUGUAUUCGGAGGUCUGCGGAACCAGUGAGGCCAAGGAGAAGGUAGGAUAUAUAAAGAAGCAAAAUAAAGACUGCACAGUGCAAUCAAAACUUUUGAUUUUUCACUGUGCAAAGGCUGCGACAACUUUUUGGUCGACGCACAGUGCAACCGAGCAACUUGUUUUGGGAGAAACGCACAGUGCAUUAAAAAUUUUUGCUUUGCACUGUGCAAAGGACGCGACAAAUUUAUCUGAUCAUCGCACAGUGCAAUCGAUUUUUUGGCUGUUUGCACAGUGCACUUUUUGGGGGUGGAAGAAGAAACCGCACAGUGCGAUCAAAGAAUAUUUUUUUUGCACUGUGCAAAGGAAGCGACAAAUUUCUUUUUUUGAUCAUCGCACAGUGCAUGUUUUGGGGGUUGGAAAAACAAAUGCACGGUGCAUCAAAAAUUUUUGCUUUGCACUGUGCAAAGGCCGCGACAAAUUUCUUUUUUUGAUCAUCGCACAGUGCAAUCGACUUUUUUGGCUCUUUGCACAGUGCAUUUUUUUGGGAUUUUUGAGAAGAAAACGCACAGAUCAAAAAAUAUUUUUUUUUGCAAAGGCUGCGACAAACUUCUUCUUUUUCUGGUCAUCGCACAAUGCAAUCGACUUUUUUGUUCCUUCGCACAGUGCACUUUUUGGGGGUGGAAAAAGAAACCGCACAGUGCAAUCAAAAAAAAAAUAUUAUUUUUUUUUGCACUGUGCAAAACAAACCUGUUCCUUUCGAAGAUCGCACUGUGCACGCGUCUUUUUUUGUUUUGCACAGUGCAACAGUAACCUACACUUGUUUUGGGAAAAACGCACGGUGCAAUCAAAACAUUUUGCCUUGCACUGUGCAAAGGAAGCGACAAAUUUCUUUUUCGAAAAUUGCACAGUGCAUUCAUUGGGGUUUGAAAAGAAAAAUGCACGGUGCAAUCAAAAAAUAUUUUUUUGCACAGUGCAAAAAUUUCCCAAAAAAAUGAAAAAACUCCAAUUUUCAAAGUCAAACCGCAGUUCAAAAACUCUUCAAAAUUUCCUAAAAUACCUCUUUCAGCUACGCCUAGCCCUCCACUCCCUUGGAUUGAUGUGUUUCAUCGCUGUUUUCUUCUCCUUUGUCAGUCUAAAUCGACUGGAUUCCUGGGAGAAAAGAGCCCUGAAUUUGACGGUGAAAUCGCGAAAUGACUUGAUCUUCGUGGUCUGGGAGAUGAGUAUGUCCGUCACUUUGGCCAUGGUCCUCUGCUCCUUGGCCACAUUCUUCGUCGCUUCAAUUCAACUGUUUUUUGCGCUCAAAAUCGCAAAAAAUAAUGUCAAAUCACCGGAAGUGUAAGUUUUUUUGAUUUUAACUUUAUUGCCUCAAGGCAUUUUAGUUAUUUUUUGGACAAUUUAUGCGAAAAAAAGAAAAGAAAAAUUUUUUGAUUUUUCCGCACAGUGCAAUGAAUUUUCGAAAAUUUUGCACUGUGCAAAAAUAAUCUCUAUGAUUUUUGCGACAAAUUGCACAGUGCAAACCGAAAAAAACCGCCUUGCACCGUGUAAAAACAAUAUUUUUUGAUUGCACUGUGCGUUUUUCUUCUCAACCCCAAAAAAUGCACUGUGCAAAGAACAAAAAAAAAGCCGAUUGCACUGUGCGAUCAUAAAAAAAAAGAAGUUUGUCGCGGCCUUUGCACAGUGCAAAAAAUUUUGAUUGCACCGUGCGUUUUUCUUUCCAACCCCCAAAAAAUGCACUGUGCAAAGAACAAAAAAAAGUCGAUUGCACAGUGCGACAACCCAAAAAAAAAAGUUUGUCGCGUCCUUUGCACAGUGCAAGGCAAGAAGUUUUGAUUGCACCGUGCAUUUUUCUUUCCAAAAAAAGUUGUUUGUUUGCACAGUGCGAUGAUUAAAAGGUUGUCGCGGCCUUUGCACAGUGCAAAAUGAGAAGUGUUGAUUGCACUGUGCGGUCUUCAAUUUGGAAAAAAAUUACCUCGCACCGUGCAAAAGCAAUUUUUUCUUAAAAAAUGCGAAAAUAAAGGGGUUUUUUGGUAUUUUGCCUUAGGGCAAAUUUGUCAAAAAAUGCAGUAAAAUUAGUUUCAGAACAUAAAAAAAUUUUGCUGACUUUUAGGGCCAAAAAUUCAAAAGAAAUUCAAAAAAAUUUAAUAUCAGAUCUCGUCUACUACAAUAUAAAAUUUUAUUUCAGAGCCCUUCGAUACCUCCACGACGCCAGGACAAUCCGCUUACCCACAUUUUUCAUGUUUUUCAUCUGCUCUUUGACCUUUCUGAUCUCUCUUUUGGUCUCUUUACUCUUUCUCCCUUCAAAUUAUGGGCUGAUUCCUCGAGGCAUUGCCGGCCUAAUAGGCGUAUUUUUGGUUGUAUUCUGCUCUCUGGCCGCUCUCCACUCCAUCCAUUGUCUUUUGCGGAUCGAGACGGAUUCGAAUUCGACCAUGUCCACGCCGAAAAUGACCCGAUUUCCAGCCCGAUUUAGUACGUUGGUAUAG